AUGUUUUUAAUAUUCAGCUCUGCUAGUAUUGCGAUUAUCGUAAUACUUUUCCUUAUCAUUUACUUUACUCUGAUUCACAAAGAAUUACGAGUUUACAAUGCUCUAAAAUCUCAAAAUAUACCAGGUGAACCGUUCGUUCCUAUCAUGGGUCAACUACGUGAAAUGCUCAAAUAUGCUAAAGCUGACAAGAGUAUGCAGUAUUAUAUUGAUUUGCAAUUGAAGCACGGUAAUAUUUUUCUCGUUACAUUCGGACCUCACACACGUCUCAUCAUCAUUGAACCGAAUUUGAUGGCAGAUGUUCUCAAAAAAUAUACAAAAUUCUACGUGAAACCUUCUUUAUUCCGUACGGUAUUCACAUCGAUGAUGGGAGAACAAAAUUUGAUUUUAAGUGAAGGUUAUGCUCACGACCGCGCACGGAAAAUGCUGAAUCCUGCGUUCAGUGUGAUCAACUCGCAAUCAAUGGUAUCGAUUAUGAUCAAGCAAAUAGCACUAGCUAUUGAGAAAUGGGAAAAAACGGAAAGCAAUAUUGACCUCCAACAAGAACUCAACUCUCUUUCGCUGUCCAUAAUAGCAUCUUCUGCAUUCGGUCAAGCAUUUGAAACAAAUGCAGAAGCAAAGCAUGUAAUUAUGACUUCUACAGUUAGUGUCCUUGACGCUAUUCUGUAUCGAUCACUGCAAGUGCCGAUUAAUCAAAUACCGCUUUUGAAUAAACUGCCAUUAUUUAAGAAGAAAGUGAUUGAUCAAGGCGCGAAACGAAUAGCUGAAGUUGCUCAACGAAUGGUAAAUGAUCGAAGAAUGGGCAAAAGCCAGAGUUUGUGCAAAGGGGAUGACCUGUUAGAUUUGCUGCUAACUGCUCGAGAUCAAGACGGAAAUGGAUUUAGUAAGCAAGAGGUUAAAGACGAAGCAAUGGCAUUUAUUCUAGCUGGUUUCGAGACUACAGGAAAUCUAAUGGUAUGGUCCAUGUAUAUACUCAUGACUCAUCCAGAUGUUUAUCAAGAUUGUUGUAACGAAGUUGACCGAGUUUUAGAAGGCCAACCGCCAAAUAAUGUACUAAUUAAUGAACUACACGUUAUCGAAGCUGUCUUGCAGGAGACACUUCGACUUUAUCCACCCGCACCUUAUAUUGUCCGUCAGUGCAUUCAUGAGCACUCAAUAGGAUCAGAAGAAAAUCAAAUUCAUCUUCCAGUAGGAGUAACACUGCUCCUGAACGUUUAUGCUCUUCACCGAUCGGCACAUUACUGGCAUGAUCCUUUAAUAUUCGACUACAAACGGUGGAUGAAAAAUGCUGAGGGUUUGAAGCCAAAACUAGCUCAUCCGUUCUGUUAUUUGCCAUUUUCAGCAGGAAAUCGAAGCUGUAUCGGACAAAAUUUUGCGAUGUUAGAAGCAAAAGUUAUGUUGGCCAUAUUAGUCCAACGUCUACAUUUUGAAAUUAUUCCAGGACAGAAAAUAGUGCCGAUAUCGCGUAUUAUGAUGAAAACAAAAUAUGGUCUUUUAGCGAAAAUCACUAGACGUGCUUAA